AUGCGCGCCAUUCAAGUUAGCGAAUAUGUCAAGGGCCCUCUCGACCUCAAGGUCUCCACCGUUCCAACUCCCACCCCCGCUGCAGACAAGUACUUGAUCGAAAUCCACUCCGCCGGCACCAACUUCUUCGACAUCCUUCAGAUCCAAGGCAAAUAUCAACAUCAGCCGCCCCUUCCUUGGGUCGGCGGCGCCGAGUUCGCGGGUACCAUCGUCGCGCUCCCGACCGCACCAGCUUCCCCGCCACGCUUUAACGUCGGCGACCGCGUCUUUGGUGCCACUCAGGGUGCCUAUGCCACUCAUGUCCUGGCCCCGGAGCCCACUCUGCUCCCUGUCCCCACGGGCUGGAGCUUUGAGGAUGCCGCGGGUCUCUUUGUCACCGCGCCCACUUCUUACGGUGGCCUCGUGCACCGCGCCGGCGUGAAGGCCGGCGACUGGGUGCUCGUGCACGCGGCCGCGGGCGGCGUCGGACUGGCCGCUGUUCAAGUUGCGAAGGCGAAGGGCGCGACAGUAAUCGCGACGGCGGGCACGCCACGCAAGCGCGAAAUCGCGACGCAGUUUGGCGCGGACUACGUUGUCGAUUACACGGAUAAGGCGUGGCCGGAGCUGGUCAAGAAGCUGUGUGCGACACACCGCCAGGGCAAUGGCAAGGCCGGUGUGGAUAUCGUGUAUGACCCCGUGGGCAUGAUCGAGGCUAGUCUCAAGUGUGUGGCCUGGAAUGCGCGGUUGCUGGUGAUUGGGUUCGCGGCCGGCAAGAUUGAGAAGGUGGCGCUCAACCGGGUGCUGCUGAAGAAUGUGAGCCUGGUUGGACUGCACUGGGGUCAGUAUGCGAAGUUUGAGACAGAGACCGUCGGCGAGGUAUGGCGCGGCAUCUUUGAUCUUGUUGCGCAAGGGAAGUUCCGCGGGACGGCAUUCAAGGAUGACAGCUUUGUUGGGCUGGAGAGUGUGCCGCGCGCAUUGCAGGCGCUGGGCGGGCGUGAGACAUGGGGGAAGGUGGUUGUGAAUGUGGUUGGCGAUGAGAAGGUGAAGAAUAAGCUCUAA